UCAUUUGUCCGAGGUUAAUUCCAACAAACGGGGGCAAGCUGCUGUGUGUUUUUUCUUCUUUCUCUUGUCCCACCGUUCCUUUGAUCUGUUGCUGAAAUAAAAUAACAUAAAUAAACAACUUCGACAAAAAAUGGCAUUCACUGGAACUUUGGACAAGUGCAAGGCUUGCGACAAGACUGUCCAUGUGGUCGAUAUGAUGACACUCGAAGGAGUGCCAUACCAUAAAACUUGUUUCAAAUGCAGCCAUUGUAAGGGUAACCUUCAGAUGACCACUUAUUCUUGGAUGGAUGGAAUACUGUAUUGCAAGCCUCAUUUUGAGCAACUGUUUAAGGAAUCUGGGAAUUUCAGCAAGAAUUUUCAAACAGGGACCAGGCCUACUGAACUGAAUAGGACUCCCAGCAAACUUUCAUCCCUGUUUUCUGGAACCCUAGACAAGUGUGCAGCUUGCGAGAAAACAGUGUACCCGUUGGAAAAGGUUACUAUGGAAGGUGAAUGUUUCCACAAGACAUGUUUUAGGUGCGCCCACGGUGGCUGCCCACUGACACACUCAUCUUAUGCUGCUCUCGACGGUGUCUUAUAUUGCAAGCACCAUUUCGCUCAACUUUUCAUGGUGAAAGGAAACUAUAACCACGUUCUUCAAGCUGCUACCCAUAGAAGGAACAAUUCGACGGCAUCGUCGUCUGAGAAUGUGGAAACUCGUGCCGAACCGGAGGAAAGUGCGGCUGAUGAAGAAUCCAAAGAGGCAUCUGAUAAUUGAAACACACACCAUUUGGUUCUUUUAUAAUUUCCUACCACCAUGACGAUGAUCUUUUAGAGCUUUUGCAAAUGAAACCAGUUUGAUUGAGUGGCAGACCAUCUCAUCAAAAACUGAAUGUUCUUUUUUGGAUUGGAUUGAUUUCUAUGUAUUUGAUGAUUCGAACAACUUGCAUGAUCAAUUGAUAAUAUAUACUUUGAAUAA